AUGCUUCAACAUCCACAACAACCUCGAACAGCAACGCGCGGACGUGGGCGGGGGCGUGGUAGCUCUUCGCCAAACAACAGAAACUCACCACGCAACAAUCCUAAUGGACAAAACUCUCAGACCCAGCGAAAUCCACAGCAUGAUGUCACCAAUUCGCGUGGCUAUAAAGUCUGGGAACGUAAUGCACCAAAAGAUGAACUACCAAUUUUCGAGGCAAACAACAAUUUCGGUGCUCCCCCGCCGGCAUUAAGCGGAAACACCGUAACAGCUGCAGAUCGUGCCAAACGUUUUGGCACGACAUCUAAAGGCGCUCUUUACGACGAGCUCAAGCACAACCGAAUACUAGAACGAAAACAAGCUAUUGAAAAUAAUCUUAUUGCCGACCCAAAUAUCCCCAGAAGAUUAGAAGAUGCAAUUGAAUUUCGAGGAACUUGCCAGACUAUGUGUCCUGAAUUCGAAUUAGUAGAAAGAGAAUACCAAAAUGGUCUGGAUUCUAUUGAAAUGGAUGAAGAUGGUCAUGCUGAUCCAUACAAAACUGUAAAAGCCUACCGGCGAUCAGCCGCUGGUAACGACCAACCACUACCAUCAGAUGUGAGACCACCUCCUGUUUUAAAGGAAACUCUUGACUAUUUAGUAGACAAUGUUCUUUCCGAGUAUCCACUUGUUAAAUGCCAUGCAUUCCUUCGUGACCGUACACGGUCUAUCCGCCAAGACUUCACUCUACAAAAUAUUCGAGAUAUUACAGCAGUCCAAGUGCAUGAACGUAUCGCACGAUUUCACAUUCUUUGUCUUCAUGAAAUGUGUGAGCUGGAAGAAGAAAAAUUCAGUGAACAACAAGAAACAGAACAAUUACGCAAAGUGCUAUUGAGUUUGACAGAGUUUUAUGAUGAUCUCCGUGAUGAGGGUAUCGAAACCCCUAAUGAAGCCGAGUUUAGGGCAUAUUAUAUUAUUACACAUUUGCGUGAUAAUGAUAUUACACGCCAAGCCAUGGCGCUCCCACCCCAUAUUUUCCUUGACUUUCAUGUAAAGCGUGCUCUUCAAUUCUACGGAUUAGCACAGCGCAACAAUGAAAUAGGAGAAUCAUCAUCCCGUCGUAACAAGCCUGCAAAUAUUGAAGCAUGCCAAAACUACUACUCGAAGUUUUUCAAAUUGAUUGCAGCCCCAGACACACCAUUCUUGAUGUCAUGUCUUCUCGAGUGGCACUUUCCUGAGGUGCGCAAAGGAGCUCUCAAAGCAAUGAACAAAGCCUAUUUGAUAGCAAAUCCAGGAGUCGAAGCUGAAUAUGUUCGCCAAGUGCUUGCUUAUGAUACAGUAAAGCAGCUCAUAGAAGAAGUCGAGUUAUAUGGCUUACAGAUUGACAUGUCUCUGGGCCAGCCUACUAUCAGGUUCGGGCAAAAGUAUCACGCAGAUACCAAAUCAUUCUUCUUUGCGGAGCCAUUAUCUACACCUCGUCCUCGACGUUCUAUGAUGCUAGUCGAACCAAAAAAGUCCGGGAUUAGUUUCCGUGAUAUUGUUAAUGGAACAACCUCAUCUAUGGAAAACAAUCCUAUGAUGCAAGCCCAACUACAAAACAGCCAGUUAGAGCGGGCACACUCCAUGGCAGCAAUUAAUCAGGCCAAGAGAGCGGCCAUGGAAGCUCAAAUUAAGCAUGCCCAGUUGAAACUUCACCAAGAAAAGCAAGCUUAUACGAAAGCAAUAGCCCAGGCUGAGAUUCAAGCAAAGUUACAAGCAGAAUUAAAGGCAAAGGAAAUCGCGGCACAGAAAAAAGCAGCUGAAAUACAACGCACUAUUGAAGAGCACAGACGACAGGAAGAGAUUAAAGCAACAUUAAAAGAAGAAGCACGAAUUGCUGAAGAAUCUCGAAGGAGAGAAGAAGAAGAAAUGACUAUGAGAGCAGCACUGGCCGCUGAAGAAGAACGUCGUCGUGCGGAGAAGGCUGCUGCUGAGGCUGCUGAGCAAGAAAGGCUACGACAAGAAGAGCAAGAGAGAGCAAUUGCUCGUAUGCAUCGUCAAGCACUGAUAUCCCAACUAUCUAACCGAUGGAUGAAUCAACUAAUGUCAACUGUUAUCCGACAAGCAUCAUUUGAACUAACAUCUAAAGCUAUCCAACGAGUAAAAAACUUGCAGAAAAAAUUGAAGCCGUGGAUACAGCGCGCACGCAGUCGAGUCGAAAAGAGAGAUGAGGUGGCAAUAGCUCGCAACAAAAGGUGGCAUUUCAAUAUGUAUAAAGCAGGUGUUAAGCCAUGGGAAGCAGGAAAUGCAAAUGUAAAAGGCCGAGCUUCAAAUAUACUAUUAGAGGCGAGUGUUAUUAGUCGAAAAGCGCAAGAAACUAUAAAAGCAGAAGAAACUGCAUUAGCCAAGGCCUCCUGGCCCUAUAAUGGUCCAAACGAAGCAAUCUGGGAAACAGAAAACUUUGCAGAACGUAUAUACCCCAUCAUCAAAGCACCGAUGUGUGAAUUUGAACCAAGGAGAGAGGAUAACUCUGCAAAAUCCGAAUGGCAGUUGUGGAUUCAUUUGGCAAAUCGUCAAGAACAAUCAGCCCAAUGGAUUCAAAAGAAGUUUGGGCUUGAUGAAGAAUUCUCCCGUCGAACUGAACGAUACAAAGAAUUUAACAUUACUACAAGAUCCAUUACACCAAAUGAUAAUAUCUACAGAAAGGCUGUGAAUGAAUUGGGAGCUGUUAUAUUCUCUCUAUCCGAAAUGAAAAGAUUAGGCAUUGAUGAUUGCGAAAAUAACGCUUAUUGGACUCAAGAAAGAAACCGACUACAUGAGUUUUUAGACUUAUUAUGCCGAUACAACCCUGGAAUACAAGUUCCUAUUGUGUUUGCUUAUUGGCCAACUACAAAAACGCUCGAGGAUUCGUUAAAUAAUAUUCCAAGAAAACUCGGUGUUUUGAACACAUCUGUUAUAUCUGACUUCAAAAUAAUGAUUAUGAGUCCAAUGACAAUUGUUGAUAGACUUGAAGAAGAGGUUGACUGGCUGGCCAAAAAUAUGGUUAUUAACCAGCCAAUAUUAUCUACUCUUUAAUAAACCCAUGAUGUGUAAUUUCUCCUUUC